AUGGCCUCUGGAUACACCAUGAUGGACCCCAUCUGUCUGGUGGACAAUCAGAAUAAUCAGCUGACUGUAAAUCCAACAGCACUGGAGAUUCUAGACAAGAUGUCUCAGCCUGUGGUGGUGGUGGCCAUCUCAGGUGUGUAUCGGACAGGAAAAUCCUACCUGAUGAACCGCCUGGCAGGACAGAACCAUGGUUUUCCCCUGGGCUCCACAGUGCGGUCUGAAACCAAGGGCAUCUGGAUGUGGUGUGUACCUCACCCCUCCAAGCCCAACCACACUCUGGUCCUUCUGGACACUGAGGGCCUGGGCGAUGUGGAAAAGGGUGACUCAAAAAAUGACUCAUGGAUCUUUGCCCUGGCCGUGCUUCUGAGCAGCAUGUUUGUCUACAACAGCAUGAACCACAUCAACCACCAGGCCCUGGAGCAGCUGCACUAUGUGACUGAACUAACAAAGCUAAUCAGGGCCAAAUCCUCCCCCAGCUCUGGUGAAGUAGGUGACUCAGCCGAGUUUGUGAGUUUCUUUCCAGACUUUGUUUGGGUUGUACGAGAUUUCACGAUAGAGCUAAAGUUAGAUGGUCACACCAUCACUGAAGAUGAGUACCUGGAGAAUGCCUUGAAGUUGGUUCCAGGCGAGAAUCCCAAAAUCCAGCAUUCCAACAUGCCUAGAAAGUAUAUCAGGAAGUUCUUUCCCAAGCGAAAGUGCUUUGUUUUUGAACGUCCUACAAAUGACAAAAACUUAUUACAACAUAUGGAGGGGGUGUCAGAAAACCAACUAGAGUGCAGUUUCCAGGUUCAAUCUAAAAAUUUCUGUAACUAUAUCUUCACAGCUGCAAAAACCAAGACCCUCAGAGAAGGAAUCAUUGUCACUGGAAAUCGGCUGGGGACCUUGGCAAAGGCCUAUGUGGAUGCCAUCAACAGUGGAGCAGUGCCUUGUUUGGAAAAUGCAGUGAUAACUCUUGCUGAGCGUGAGAAUUCAGCAGCCAUGCAGAAGGCAGCCGACCACUACAGCCAGCAGAUGGCCCAGAGAGUGAGCUUCCCCACAGACACUCUGCAGGAACUGCUUGAUCUGCAUGCAGGCUGUGAGAAGGAAGCCAUAGCAAUCUUCAUGGUGAACUCCUUCAAGGAUGACAACCAGGUGUUCCAAAAGAAGCUUCAGUUGAUAGUUGUGCGUGGGGCUGCGCGCUGGUUCGGGGGCAGUCGACGAAGCCGUCUGGGCGGCUUGCACAGUUCCGCCGGCUUCCCAAGGGCUGUCGCGGCCUCACUGGGGCCGUCGCAGCCUCGCAGGGGCCAUCUCAGCCUCGUGGGGGACGUCACAGCCUCGCAGGGGACGCCACAUCCCAUGUCGGGGGUGAAGCGUACCAUUCAGGGUAACAUGAGCAUGUUCAACAAUGGCUGCCCUUGUGGAUUGUAA